AUGGCGCGGAAAAUAUAUGAAAGUAGAAGUACGUGUAGCAGCAAUUGGAAGGGGGAAGUAAUGGUGGCCCUUGGUUCUUUGGACAAAAAGGUUUACAAGCUUGAGGGCCUGGGCCCAGUUCUCUCAGUAGCUGCCUACAGCCAAGAAAACUGGGCAGCAGUAGAACGCAUUUUCGAGUCCCACUCGCAAGAGUCAUUCCCUCAAAACUUAUUCAGACAGCUGCAGGGUGUCCAAGACAAAUCCAGGACACCCUACUUAAUAAAGGCAAUUGGCACUUCAGGAUUAAAAGUUGCCAGAGAAAUUGCAGAAGAUAAAAGAAAAGACCACAUGAAGCAAUUAGCUGUGGCCACAUUACAGAUGGGGACGUGGGAAGACAUUGAGGAGACAUAUACGUUGUCAGACAAGAUGUUAGAGUUCACUGGUAUGCUUAUUUAUUAAAGGUUAUAAUUUGGAGAAAAAAUAGCCUAUUAAAAAUAAUGGCUUAUUUGCAAUUAUUAAUCCUCUCAUUACUACAAUUGUAUUCAUUUUAUAAUGCUUGAAAUAUCAUAAAAUAUAUUUGUUACUUUCCUAAGAAUUGAACAAUUAGACCCUGAAAAUCCUAGCCUGAAGUCCGCUUAAAAAUAUUUAACAGAUCCAUAUUUCAUACACAACUGUAUGUUUCCUUGAUCUUACAAAUCCUUACUUCAAAACUUGUUUUAAUUAUAUGCUUUCAAAUUUCCAAAAAACAUACGCCAUUUUUAUGGCAAGUUAAAAUUGCAAAGCCCCUUCAUACAUGACAUAGCAAUAGUACACAUAGAGGAUGAAUGGACAAUGAUAUUUU